AUGAACACAGUCAAAGGUUCACAAGUCACAAUCAAGGAAGCCACAAUCCAAGAAAUGCAGCAGGCUUUCACUGAAAACAAACUAACCUCAAAACAAUUAGUCAACUUCUACUUGAACCAAAUCCAAGAACUGAACCCUCUUCUUCACAGUGUACUAGAAGUGAAUCCAGACGCAAUAGCGCAAGCUGAAAAGGCUGAUCAAGAAAGGGAAAUAAAUCAGGGCUGUCGCUUCUUGGGGGAUUUGCAUGGGAUCCCGGUGCUGUUAAAGGACAACAUAGCGACAAAAGAUAAGUUGAACACCACUGGUGGGUCCUAUGCCCUGUUGGGGUCCGAGGUUGCAGUUGAUGCUCACGUGGUGGAGAGAUUGAGGAAUGCUGGUGCUGUGAUUUUAGGGAAGGCGAGUCUUAGUGAGUGGAGCUAUUUUAGGGCUCGUGGUGGCAUUCCUUCUGGUUGGUGUGCUAGAGGAGGUCAAGCUGUGAAUCCGUAUGUGGAAGGAGGCGAUCCAUGUGGGUCAAGCAGUGGAUCAGCAAUAUCAGUAGCUGCAAGCAUGGUGGCGGUAUCACUGGGGACUGAAACUAAUGGCUCUAUCCUCUGCCCAUCAGAUCACAACUCAGUUGUUGGGCUCAAGCCAACUGUUGGGCUCACCAGCCGCUCUGGUGUCAUCCCAAUUUCACGCCGCCAGGAUUCAGUUGGGCCUAUAUGCAGGAAUGUAUUGGAUGUUGUGUAUGUUCUUGACACGAUUGUUGGUUUUGAUCCAAGAGAUUGCGAAGCAACAAAAGAAGCAGCUGAGUUUGUACCUGCAGAUGGUUAUAAACAGUUUCUGAAAAAAGAUGGUCUACGAGGGAAGAGACUGGGCAUAGUCAGAAAUCCAUUUGUGAGAUAUUUCAAGGAUGAGGUUGUAUCAACAUUUGACCACCAUGUGGAAGUAUUGAGGCAAGGAGGUGCAACUGUAGUGGAUAACCUUGAAAUUGCAAAUAUUGAUGUAAUUAUGGAUUCUGAUCGAAGUGGUGAAAAUGUUGUGAUGCUAGCUGAGUUCAAGGAAACAAUCAAUAAGUACCUUGAAGAACUUGUCGAAUCUCCUGUGAGGUCAUUGGCAGACAUCAUAGCUUUCAACACCAAUAAUCCUGAACUGGAAAACCUGAAAAUGUAUGGUCAGGAACUACUUAUCGACUCGGAGAAGACAAAUGGGCUUGGAGAGGAGGAGAUUAAGGCAGUGAAGCGUAUGGAAAGACUGUCACAAGAAGGAUUUGAAAAAAUGAUGAAGGAGAAUGAGUUAGAUGUCAUGGUGACACUCGGUACAACUGCUUCUACCGUGCUAGCUAUUGGAGGUUACCCCGCAAUUACAGUUCCAGCAGGGUAUGACAGCAUUGGAAUGCCUUUUGGUAUCUGUUUUGGGGGACUUAAAGGGAUGGAACCAAAGCUGAUUGAGGUUGCUUAUUCUUUUGAGCAGGCUACACUGUCUCGCAAGCCUCCUUGUCUUGCUCUUUAG